UUUGAUUCAAUUACAUUCAACUAUGUCGACUCCUGUUGUAACAUCCAAAUGGGCUGGAAACUUUGACUGCGGUGUUUGCCGCCGUAAGCGGCUGAUGGCGGAUGAAUUCUCCAAAUCAGCCAUAGAAAAACACCGAAAGACGGGACAGCCUCUCAGGUGCAAACAAUGCACGGCCAAACAGGAACAAGAUAAACGGGCGGAAGCAAAGGCAAGGGGUGCCAGUGACAAUGGUGCGAAAAACGAUGACAAAAAUGGUGAUUUGGAGGAGAAACGAAAAUGUGCAGGGAAGUGUCAACAGAUUCUAUCGAAGGAUUGCUACAAUCGGAAUCAAUGGUCGAAAGCAGAAGGAAAAAGCAGAUGUCGAGAAUGUGUGGAGCGAUCGAUUCAAGAAGAAGCUGCGCAACAAAAAACAUCGAAGGACGAAAAGCUGCAGCGGGCUCGCAAAAAGGUUGAAGAUCUCAAGGCCUCGAAAAAGGCUACGGCGAUGGAGAUUGUCGCUGCCGAGUCCGAGGUUGCCGCCAUCGAGGCAGAAAAGGUUACUGGUCUUGCUCCUGUACGAUUGGGAGGACGAGGGCGUGGAACUCGGAGCUAUGGAAGAGGUCGGGGCCGUACUGGAUUUAAGAGAGGGUCUGGGAGAGGGACGGGUCGAAGAUGAGAAAAAAUUGUGGUGGCACGAAAGGCAAACUGACGGGAUCAAGCAAAACCUUUUUCCAUUCAUAAAAUUAGACAAACACGAAUACAUGGUUCCCCUCGUCAGAUCGUUUGACAAUCAUGACAAUUGAAAUAGAUAUAUAAUCCGCUG